CGCAACGGAGAGAUGGCCUGCGCCCAGGAAGGGCUCAGCAGAGGGGAACGGAGGGGUGCACCCUAUGCUGCGGGAGCGCGAGAGGAGGGGGGCACCCGGUUUGGGGGCAAAUAGCGAGGGCCCCGGGGGAGGCCACGCGGCCCGGAGCUUUGCGGCCGUCAGCCAAGAGUGCGCCACAGACACCCAAGCCCUGAACGCGGUCUGGGGGCCCCCGGCCUGCCCGCAGGACGAGGUUUAAUUUGUCCGAACUAACACAGGGCACGCCCUCACGUGGUCGGCUGGGGCAAUGUGAAAUGUGCUAGGACAUCUUCGAGGGGGGUCUCCACCCGAGUCUGAGGGGAUGGCGGCUGGAGGCGCCCUCCGGCUGCGCGCCCGGGGUCUUGUUAUGCCUCGGGGGUCUGAGCCCCGCCCGGGAGGAAGUGGGGGACGACCGCAGGUGUCUCUCUACGGACAUUUCCAAACCGCCCCCCCCCCGCCCUCCGUCCCCGCCAAACUGGCGCUGAUGCUCCAAGUGCCCCAUUUUGUGGUGCGCAAGUAGCCGCCACCGUUCGCCCCAGAGCCAAAUGGCGGUUCCACGGUGGAGCUAGUGGAGCGAGUGACAGGCUGCGAACCCCGAAGGAGUCCUCGGACAGGAUGGGGGAGGGGAGGUGCUGCGGCCACACCCCUCCCCCUGUUGUGGGGGAAGGGCGAUGGAGAGCGGGUCCUGGAGACUCCUCUUCUAGCCCCCCUCCCUCUCGGCGCCCGGCGAAGUCCUCCGCAGGACCUGCGGCCCUGAGCCGGUCGGGGUGCAGCGUAACUACUGCCGAGGCGGCGCCGAACAGCCUUUCUCGAAGCCGAAGAAGCCUCUACUUGGGGAAGCUGAGACCAUGGGGAGACACCCCGGGAGGAGAGCGGAUCCCUUGGGAAGCAGGCACAGACCCCAUUGGCCCCUCAGACAAAUUAGUGAAUAAGGCCCCGGAGAGGAGGAAAUUGAGUCUGGGAAAGGUUCCGGAAAUACAGAGGCAUAAUGCAGUGAGAGAGAGAGAUGGAGGAGUGUCCAUCCAGGAGCCGAAGCCACCCAAGACGGAGCAGAGGGCACAGAGGUUCCUCCCCAAGCCCUGGAGUUCUCCACCCUUCCACUUUGGGCUCUCCGCACAACAGCAGCAGCAGCAGCAGAUGGACCCGCUAACACAGAAUCCUUGAGAGCCUCUUCAGGGUAGCUGCCGCCUAGCCAGCCUGGCUGAAUGAAUACCUCUGGAGAAUUCCUGUAUCACAUCACCCUGCUUGAUUUUCUUCAUAGCACUUAUCAUCACCGGACCCCAUUUGGUCUGUUUAAAAUAUUUUUUUUUUUAGAUUUUUAUUUAUUUGGCAGAGAGAGAUCACAAGUAAGAGAGAGAGGAGGAAGCAGGCUCCCUGCUGAGCAGAGAGCCCAAUUCGGGACUCCAUCCCAGGACCCUGAGAUCAUGAUCUGAGCCAAAGGCAGAGGCUUAACCCACUGAGCCACCCAGGCGCCCGGUCUGUUUAUGUGUAUACCAGGCACUCUGUAAGAACAGAGUUGGGUCUGCCUUGCUCCCCACUGCACCCCAGCCCUGGGCACACCCCCCACCCCCACCUGGUUGGCGCCCUGCUCACUGCCCUCUGCCACCUGGAGACAGUGCAGGUUUGCCCACAGCUGCCGCUCCAGGAAAGGAUGCUGGGAGGCAGGAGUUCCUGGCGGGGCUUGGACCCUGGCACUCCCACAAACUUCACGUGUGACCCACCGCUCCCCCAGCAAUGACUCUGCCCUCGUU